CGUGCCCGCCUCGGCCGCUCAGCGCUCAGACGCGUCCCCGGCCCCCCGCGCCUCCCUCCGUAUGUGGCAGCCGUGCAGAUGCUCCGCUUCGGCCGCGCUGCGCCCCAUGGCGCUGCGCCUCGCUUGCCCGCUGGCUGGCCUCGCCCGGCGAGGCUACUGCGCCCGCUCCGCCCAGCGCCAGGGGCUGCUCUUCCGACAGCUGUUUGAAGCGGAAAGCUUUACGUACACCUACUUGCUGGCGGACACAAAGACUAAGGAAGCGGUUCUGAUCGACCCGGUUCUGGAGACAGCCCAAAGAGAUUCGACACUCGUGAAGCAGCUGGGUCUGAAUUUGCUCUAUGCAGUGAACACCCAUUGCCACGCCGACCAUAUCACGGGCACCGGGCUCCUGAAGCAGCUCUUACCUGGAUGUCGGAGUGUCAUCUCCCGGGACAGCGGUGCCACGGCGGAUGUCCUAAUCAGAGAAGGACACACCCUUCGGUUUGGGGCCUUUGCCUUGGAACCCCGCUCCACUCCUGGACACACGGAUGGUUGCCUGACUUACGUGCUGAAUGACCAGAGCAUGGCCUUCACAGGGGAUGCAUUGUUGAUCCGGGGCUGUGGGCGGACUGACUUCCAACAGGGUUCCCCAGAGUCUUUGUAUCGCUCCGUCCAUGAGAAGAUCUUCACGCUCCCUGGAGAUUGCCUGGUAUACCCUGCCCAUGACUAUACUGGUCAGUCGGUCUCCACGGUGGAGGAAGAGAGAACCCUGAACCCUCGCCUGACUCUGUCGAUGGAGGCCUUUGUGGAGUUAAUGAAUAACCUCAACCUGCCCAAGCCAAAGCAGAUCGAUUUUGCAGUACCUGCAAACCUCAAGUGUGGGGUCCAAGAUGUAGCCGUUUAGUGUCUUCCAAGCCGAGCUGGCUUCUCUUGAAAUGGCACCUUGUAGCACUGGGACGGUACGCCACAAAGGAAGCCCAUCUCCCUUAGCACUGAAGCCUAGAAGAUGGUAAAAGAAGACAGUGGGCGCCUUGGGGAGGCGUAUUGUCCCUUCUAAUCCUUUACCUUCUGCCCUGGAAUCUAUAUGAAGGCAUUUUUUUAUCAAUCUCAUUCUUUUUCCAUUAUCAUUUUACACUCAAAGCUUCUAGCCCAAUCUCAAGUUUGCACGAUGCUGAUCUCAUCCCGGAGACUUCCCAGCCGUACUUCCUUGUCCUGGAUCAGACCAGAAGGCAAAAGAAUUUUUGUACUGUGAAUUUUUGAAAAUGGAGUGGAGAGGAAGACUCUGUGAAAGGUUUAGCUGCCAUCAAAUAAAAUACGCUUGUUAUUAACCUGCAAGACUUCAAACUGAUCUGAGCAGGGCAGGAUUA